CUUCAUUAUGUGGCCUUGCCUAAUUAGCCGAAAUUUAUGUCAAACCUUGUAGUCGUAAAUCUCAACUGUCACCAUUUCCCUCUCAAAUGUGUCAGGUGUCUGGAACGGUCGCGGAAAGAACAUCGCUCUUCCGUUCCCAAGUUGAAAACAGAAGAUUAAACGAGGGAACUCUCCAAAUUCUGGAAUCUGUUUUGACAUCGAAAGACGUAAAGUCCUUGCUCGAAAUCCGAUCCUGCUUGUCUGAGUUUGUGAGAUCUGAACUCGCUUAUAUUCUUCAAGAGAUCGCCGAGAAAACCGUCGAGCAGAAGCUUUCCGUCCUUGAAUUCUUCGUUCGGACCUUUGCCCUUGUAGGCCAUGUGGAGAGUUGCUUGAUGUUAAGAUAUGAGGCAUUAAUUCUUCGGCAACAUAAAUCCACAACUCACCUCUGGCUUCAUGUUUCAUAUGAGGAGUGGCUGGCAUUCGCUGAGCGUUCACUCAAUAAUGGAUUUUACUCUAUUGCAGUUAAGGUGAUGUAAGGUUGGUCCACCAACGUGAACAACCUUAAUUGUUUAUAACUCCAACUCAAAGAUCAGAUCUGAUUUACAUAUCGGAGGAUCAAAGGAACUCACAAAAAUCUGGCUGAGAUAGGAGGAAGCCUCCGGCUGGCUGUAGAAAACUCUGAUGGAGCUCAAAUUCUGACUGGAUGCUCCUCUUGUGGACUGAUCAAACCCCCAAAGGGCUUGACUAUCUGAUCUCAGGUUUGGGAGGAUCUGAGAAUAGCUCCCAAAAUAGAAACUUUGGUAGAUCUUCAAGAACAGGUGAUGGAGGUCUCUGUUGGGCACCAAAUUUGGAUCGAAGGUGGUCCUUGAUAGCUUCAACAAAACCCCAAAAGGGUUUUAGGAAUCUGGGCAGUAGGUUGAGAGCACCAAGGGAAAUUGAUCAGGGCUGGAAAACCUUGACAAAGGUGAAUGGAUUUUGGUUCUCCUUGGCCGUUCUGUAAUCUGAACUGUAGGAUGAUGUUUGGAUCUUCAAAUAGGUCUUCGACACUCCUAGAUUACUCUCACACAAGUUUGUUGGGCAACUGGAGUAUUCUAGGGUUGUGUUGUCAUUGUUGGCAAUGUAUUUGAUAAUACUGGAGUUGUCGUAGUGGCUACUGGUGAGUUGGAAGAGCUAGAAUGGUCAAACGGUAAACUAAGCAGUAUCAAGGGGCAAUAUGGUCAUUUGGCAGGGUUACAGAGGCACACGAACAUGUGGAAUGCAUUUUGACAGUGUAUUAGGUGCUUACAUAGUGUUUCGCAAAGGCUCGAAGUAGCAGGUGAAGGACUUGUACAUCAAAAGUUGCGGUUUCAUAGGAUCAUGCAGUGGAAUCAACUUAAAAGAUAUAUUUUUUUGGAAGCCUUAAUAGAUGGACUAGGAUGUGAUUUCUACAUGAAAAAUGAAGCUUGUCAAGUCAUGGUUCCAACGCAAGUUGAAUCGUGUCAUUUCGAGCUCGGACAGAGAAGUUACAACGAUUCUCGUACGAUUGCAUAGAAAAGAAUCAAAUUGAGAGAGGUUAAAAAAGUUGGUGGAAUUUUGGAUGCUCUCUGCCCAUUUUUUCUUGCAGAAACAAUUGCAUUCACGUUCUUAAGGUUACAGAGGUCAUUUUGCAAUUUGUUUGGGUCGAUUUGGGGAUAAAACGAAGAAGUUAUGCCUUAGAUACUCUUUUGGGAAAUUUGAGAGGUCAGGUGUACUUAAUUUUCUACACUAGCAUACACGGAGUAUUAAAUGAUUGGCUGAGAUGCAACCACGUCAUCAUAUUCCAAAGUGCAGGCUUAAAUGGGCGUGCAAGAAGGCAUAUAAUCUCGGAUGCAGUGGAUUCCAUUGCAUGCAUUGUUAGUGGCUUAGUGUAUUAAGCUCCCGUCCAGUAGCGUUACACACAAUCGAGCCGCUACUGUGUGUGACUGUGCAUCAUUUGUCAUAUAAAAGAUUCCAAUCUAUAUGUUCAUGUAGCUCACAUAGAUAUAUGACGGAUCUACAACGAGUCAACGGUUUGAAUCUCACCCGCCCAUUUUGAAGGGCAAUCGGACGGCUCAGAAGCUAGCCAACUAGGUUCGUGAAGCUCCAAAAGGGCACGUCACUGUCUACGACAGAUUUGUUUGUCACGAAAAAGGCCCAAAAUUGCCAGAAUGUCCAUAUCUCCCUCGUUUUAAAAUCCGAAUUGACUUCCGCAAAGUGCUUUGUGCGCUAAAGAAUGAGAGGAAGGUCCAUGUGCAAAGUAAAUUUGAGCAAUGUUUCCAAAAGGGGCUAUGCACGAAAAAAAUCUAUGAAUGAUCAAUCUGUAGAGCUGUGUUGAACAUUAAGUGUGUGCACACUGUGUCAGAGGUUUUAAAUAGCAAGUUGAUCACGGUAUUACUCAAGGAGAGAUAGUAGUAGGAGUGGUAGAUAUGCAAAAGCUAGAGCUCAACCCAAGUAUGACUGUAGAUAGAGCUAUUCAGAGGACAAAGACUUGUGCAGCUGACCCCCUUUAGAGGGAUGUGAUCAUGCACUUUUAUGUCUGCAGACCAAUGACAUUGUUGAUCCCAAUUCACACAUCCUAGCUAUCAGUCAAAUCAAGAAGCUUAAGGAUGUUGCUUUGGCAUUAGCUCCUUCAAACUCUAUUCAGGCAGAGACAUCCGAAUACUUGAAAAGGAAAAGAGUUCAUCAGCACAAAAAGCGUAGUUCAUGUGCAACUGAUGGAGACUGUACAGGAAGUUCAAUGUUCAGAAAUGGAAUUAAGAAGCGAAAUAUGUGGAAAUUCCAUGAACUUAAAAGCAUGCAGCAAGUGCCUCUGAAUCAUAGUAAAGAUCAUUCCAGAUCUUGAAGGGUUAUGAUACGAAGAUCAUUUCAACAUAGUCAUGGCUUUUCCCUUGUGAACUUGCAUGUGUUUCUCUUCAACAUCAUAGCCUAGAUCUCUUGUUAUAGCUGUCAUAAUGAUGAAAUGACACUCAAUUUUGAGGGAGUUUAGAAGUCUUGAAGUUGUGUUCACAAACCAAAGAACUGAUUAAGCACUCGGGACAGUCCUGUUCAUAUUUCUCAUUGUGGUAUAUAGGCAGCACAUAUGCAGAGUAGUUCACAAUUCUCCAUUCUGUAUUUUUCCUUCAAUGGGAUCAUUGCAUUGUUGUUACA